ACCCGAAAGGGUGAGCUGCUUGUUUGGAAUUUGCAUACCGGUCAGGUGAUCCGAACGAUCCAGAUCAGUGCCACACUGGAAGGCGGCAAUCCAACUGUGCUCCCGCCACAUUCGGGCACGGUUCAUUGUGUUAAACUGUCACAUGACAGACAUUACCUUGUCACUGGUGCCCAGGAUCAGUUGGUCCGAGUUUGGACAAUGCCUGACGAACGCCUGUUACACACAUUGGAAGGUCAUGCAGACGAUGUCCUGAGUGUGGAUAUCUCCUACGAUAGUGAAAUCGUGGUAUCCGGCAGCUGGGAUGGUUCUAUUCGUGUCUGGCGUCUGCGUGAUGGUAAUCAAAUAUGUUGGUUUACCUCAAACAUUGAGAUCUUACAAGUGAAAAUCAGCCGCGACAAACGCUCAUUGGUGGCCCUAGGUGAAAGAAACAGACACCGGAAACUGAUUACCCUCCGCGUUGUUCGCAAUCGAGUCCGUACAACUACGACCCUGCGCGGAGGCACAUCACGUAUGGCUUCAUCUAUGUCACCACCAACACCGGGCAUGUCACCGAAUUCUCCAGUCAUUAUGUCUUGA